CAGCGGCUGGGUUAAGGUGGGUUAUUUUUUAACCCAGCACUUUUUAGAGUGUGGCGCAUGACCCGCUGAGGAUAAUAAAAAAUAGGCUAGCUUACUCCUCUUUGAAAGUGUAUUUAAAAAAAGAUUAAAAAAAAAAGAAAAGAAAAGUUAUACAAUUAAUUAUAGGCAUAUAGUUAAAAUGAUUAACGCUGGAGUCAUCAAUGAAAGUUAACGCGAAGUAUACUCCUCAUGUUUUUCACUAUACGGGCCACAAGAUAAAUAUUAAGGGAAUAAUUUAAGACAGUUACACACCGUUAUCAGCAUAUCUUGAAGUAGACUUAAUCUCGUCGUCUCUUUACAGAAUAUGCUCCGUUAAUGUGGCGUUAGAAGCUCCGUCAGUUUUUGUUUGUUUGUUUGGUUUUUUUUUCUUUUAACUUUCACUUUCUGCAUAGUGAAUUGACAAAGGAUAUGAUUUUCCGCUACGCCACUGAUUUUCCUGGAAAAUAAGGCGUUUGUUUUUUAGGACACUUAAGUUCACAGCUACUCCUUGUUGUGUGCAUUUUGUUCAACGCCAAUAGUCCGGUCCAGCAUGACUGUAAGGGCAGGAGUUUUUCUCUACUGGCUUCACAUUAUUUGUGUAGGCGUGUUUGCAGAUGUUUGGAAGGUACAUGUAGAGUCUGAAAUGGAGGCUCUGGUCUCGUCUUGUGUCGUGUUGCCCUGUUCAUUCAAAUACCCGGCUCAGCAACAGCCCUCUGAUCAUAUUAGAGCUAUGUGGCACAUUAAGAACAAAUGGGAUGAUAUCAUUUUUCAUAAAGACCAAACAAGGGUUCUAGACAAUUUCAAGGGUCGCACAAAACUGCUUGGUUCACUGGGUGGUUCCAACUGCUCCUUGGAGAUUGAUGAAGUCAGAAACCAUGACAAUGGCCCCUAUUGUUUUAGGGUUGAAGUAGAGACAUCUCAAAAAGACAAGUACUCCUUUGUGGAAAACUGUGUGUCAAUUAAUAUGAUCGAGCAAGCAUCAAAACCAGAGCUGCAGGCUGAGCAGUCUCUGCAAGAGGGUCAACCUGCAGUCUUCAAAUGCUCUGUCAAGCACACCUGUUCAUCCCACCAGCCCACUCUCACCUGGAGCCACCCUGGAAAAACCAUCAUGAGCUACAAGGACAUUGGUCAUGGAAACUGGGAAGCAGAGUCUCUCCUGACCUUCACCCCAACAAAAGAGGAUGAUCACGGCUCUAUCACAUGCACAGUCAAGUACCACGGGAAUGCCAAGGGUGAAAUGACAGCGACUCGCCCUAUAUUUGUGAAAGAACAAGCAAAUCUCAGCCACAUUCUCAUACCAGUCAUCUCUUGUCUUGGAACUGCUCUUUUGGUUGGAUUACUGUGUUUCUUCAUUGGCAAGAGAUACAACAGUGGUCCAGGUGGCAAAGAGCAGAGGCAAGUACACAAUAGCUUCCAAUGUGUUCUUCUGCAACAAGCCAGGACAAAACAGAUCAUCUAGUGGAAACAGACUGAAUCUAUGGCAUGUUUUGGAUUAUAUUGGUGGUAUAGAUUUAUUUUAUGAAUUGAGCAGGAUUCCAAGGUUUAAUAUUGUCAUUCCUCUAUACACUCUUAAAAAUAAAGGGUGUUUUUGCAGUGAUGCCACAGAAGAAACAUUUAUGGUUCCCCAAAGAACCUUUUAGUGAACAGUUCCUAAAAGAACCAUUUUGAAGAACAUUUUAAAAAUCUAAAGAACCCUUUUUGACUAUAAAGAACCUUUUCUGCAUUUGAAAGGUUCUAUGGAUGUUCAAGGUUCUUCAAAGAACCAUUGAUGCCCGUAAAGAACCUUUAUUUUUAAGAGUGUAGCACAUAUAUAAAUCAGCACCAUCAGAUAUAUAUAUAAAAAAAAUGGGUCAAAUGCUCAUUAUCCAUGUGGACAAAUAGAUAUUUUUGUAUGGUAAACAGCAGCCAUUUUGUUUUGUAAUUUUUCAUAUUGUUUUGACAAAUAUUAGGAAAGAUUACAUAAAAUUAUGUUUACAAAAACCUAUCAAACUAUUAAAAUCUGAGACCUUACUGAAUUUAUAGCAUAUAUAUUAUAUGUAUUGUAUGUCAUAAUUUUCAAAUGUAAUAGCGCACAUUUAAUGUUGUGCAUACUUAUAGAAUCAAUACAAUACUUUUCUUUAUAUGAAUUCCACUGUAUUAUGAACACUGUAUAAAUGUUUGUAAUCUUGUUUGUACUCAAUAAUGCAUAUACAGCUGAAAAUAUUUUUAUCAUUAAAUUUGACAAAUUCAAACAGUCAGAAGCUGUUGUGUUACUUAUCCUUACUAAAAACUUCACACAUACUAUAUAUUCUUUUUUGUUGUAUACACCCACCACCC